AUGCGCAACUUGGGUCGUACUAAGCAACUAGUGAGGACGCCGCCGUUCACUCAUCCAUGUCAAUUCCAGAGCGACUAUGCCCAGCUGUCACGGCUCUUCUCUCGUGGGAUCCGAGAUCAGGGCGUCAGAUCAACAACAGGAACCUCCACAUCAUUUUCAGCUAGCCUGGUGUUGAUCAAACUUCAACCACCAGAUGUUGACAGGGCUUCCAGUGUCGCUUUUCCGCCAACCCCAGCAAGCUCAUUCAGGUUUGCCCCCACCACCGACUUGGGUGCUUGCUUUGGUUCGUUACAUUACUCUGUAGACAGAAGAUCCUUGUCUCAUUUUCUGCCAGGGCUUAUCUGUGCCUCUCCUUCCGUCGGGUUCUCACAUCCAGUUCCUGAUCCAGACUCCUUUGUACUUUGUGCGCAAGUACUUUGUACGCAAGUGAGGAGGAAACCCAUCUCUUCAGGGCGAGGGGUGAGUCGAACCUGUCUACCGGUACUGCUAGGUCGGACGAUCUUUACUCUUCUCCCUAUACUAAGACUUUGGGUCAGACGGCCAGACCAAAUCGAGCACAGCCCGGAUAUUCACGCCGUUUGGGCUUAG